AAGUAACUUGUCAUUUCAGAGAAAACAAAACUGAUCUCUCUCUCUCUCUCGUUGUGAUUUCAGGAAAAUGGCUGAGGCCAGUAUUUCAGUAGCUCAGGACCAGUUCAUGUGUCCAGUGUGUCUGGAUCUCCUGAAGGAUCCGGUGGCUAUCUCCUGUGGUCACAGUUUCUGUAAGGUGUGUAUUAAUGGCUGCUGGGAUCAGGAGGAUCAGAAGGGCGUCUACAGCUGUCCUCAGUGCAGAGACACUUUCACGACAAGGCCUGUUCUACGCAGAAACAACAUGCUGGAUGAAGUGGUGGAGAAACUGAAGAAGACUGAAGUCCAAGCUGCUUCUCCUGCUCACUGUUACGCUGGACCUGGAGAUGUGGAGUGUGAUUUCUGCACCGGGAGAAAACACAAAGCCGUCAAGUCCUGUCUGAUUUGUUUGGCUUCUUAUUGUGAAACUCAUCUGAAACCUCAUCUUGAAGUUCCUGUUUUGAAAAAACACACAUUAAUUGAAGCCUCAGCAAAACUCCAAGAGAAGAUCUGCUCUGAACAUAACAAGCUGAUUGAGAUCUACUGUCGUACUGAUCAAACCUGCAUCUGUUAUUUGUGUACGAUGGAUCAUCACAAAGGUCACGACACCCUCACAGCUGCAGCAGAAAGAGCUGAGAAACAGACCAAGAACACAAACGUGAAUGAGCGCGCGACUCGGCGGAGGAACGCAGUGCAGGAGACACGGUUUUCAUGGGAACCAUCAGCGCACUUUCAUCAGGCUGUUCAAUUUACAUUUUCGAAGCAGCACAGUUGUAGCCAGACGCACAGCUUGUGAACAGAGUGAGUUAAAGGAGGAGCAGAUGAAAUCCCAGCAGAGAAUCCAGGAGAAGCAGAAGAAGGUGCAGGAGCUGAAACAGGCUGUGAACACUAUAAA